AUGGCUGAGGAUAAUGGGCUCCCGGCCAACAUGGACCUGGAAGCCAUCUUGCGGACUCUAGCAAGUCUACCAAAACCUGAGGACCAGCCGCUGCAAGACCCCCAGACCUUUUAUGCCCAAAGCCAGCCAGGAGACGACCGGUAUCAAACACUUGCACCAGAGCAGCAUCAGUCAUUCCAGCCGCCUACAGCAGACCCCCGCCUAGCUGGGCGGUCGCCACAGCCACCACUCCUACCAAAGCCCCAGGCGCGGUCUUCAACGCCUCUGAUCGACCCAGCAACAAUCAUAGACUGGAAGGCAGGUCUUCGUUGCGUGAGCAAGAUCGCUGCUCAGAAUCCCGAGUUCGCCGCCUCGGUCCGCAAGCUGAUGAAAGAGCAAGAGGGCAACGUUCGACAGUGGGAGGCUGGCCGAACUCGUCUCAUCGAGGAGCAAGAUCUGAAGAAGGGAAACGAAGAAACACACCGAGCAGCACUAUCCCUACCAGGCCUCCUGGACAACAGUCCCGUACUCCGAACUGCCGAGCGCGAACAACAAGAGCUCACUCAAUACGACGCCAAGGUCUACCGGGCCAGCAAAGCCAUGGUGGAGUCGCAGACUUCAUCGUUGAAGGUCCUCGGCGUGCCGUUCUUCGGUGUGCGGCCGCACUUACUCGCGAGUGAGGAUGAGGAGGUCGGGCUGGGUGCUGAUGGAGUACCGCUUAAGAUCACGCAGUCCCAGGUUCUGCAGCUGCAGCGCAAGAUGCUGACACACCUGCUGGACUUGUAUGGGGAUUGA